UCUCGUCCUUGCAAGACGUGUCAAUUAAAUUGUUUUGAAAAUUGAAAUUUAUAUUGCUUUUAAAUUAUAAAUAAAUGUCCCGAUUCCCGAAUAUAAAUCGAUUAUUUUAAAAUUUAAGCAGCAUUCAUUCAAAAGGAAGGCUGCAGAGUGCAGAAUUGUCAUUUGUAACAAGUUUCGCAUCAACUUUAUUAUGUUGUAGUUGUGUCUGUAAUUAUUGAUUUAGUUAAAUAGUGUAUUGGUGUAUCUAGGACAUCGUAUAAACUAGAUGUUUUAAAAAUGACAGCAACCGCUCUCAACUUUUUCUCAGAACGUAAAUCCGUAUUUUGGGCGUAUGUGUUUUGGUUGUUUGGUGGAAUUUUCGGCUUGCACCAUUUUUAUUUGCGGCGCGAUAGACAUGCAUUUAUUUGGUGGUCAUCUCUUGGAGGAUUUGGAGUUGGUUGGCUGGGAGAAGUGUUUCGGAUUCCACGCUACGUAAGAGAUGCCAACGAUGACCCUCAGUCUAUUCGAGAUUUAAUUGGCAGAAUGCGUCAAUACAAAAAGCCUCCUUUUUCUAUGAAUCGAUUCACUGGAAUGAUGAUGGUUGGAUACUCUUGGGGACAGAUGAUGAUGCUAGCAAUACCUCCUGAAGAGUUUUGGGGCAUAAAUUGGAAAUAUUUUAACUGCCUGGUGCCUAUUGUAGUAGCUCUUGGUGUAUGGACCGUUGGCAAUAUUGGUCGUGAACAGGGUGGCUUGAAAUGGCCCUUGAUUGCAGCAUUGGCUACAUAUCCCCUUCGCUAUUACAUCUAUGAUGAUACAGUCUGGUUUACAAUUAUGAUUGUGGCUGCAGCAUUGGCUUUUGAUACAUUUAGCAAAGAAUGGCGCAGAACACCUCAUAAGAAAACACAUUUUGUCAAGCGGGUGGCAAUUUUAAGUUUGUGUGCCGGUUUGUAUAUAUCGCUAUGGUGUGGCUAUUUAUACUUCCAUGGAACCAUAACCGAUAGUGAUGGUGAUGAAAUACCCAUAUAUGAAGCUCUACAUCAUUUCUAUACAAGCCCAUGGUGGCUUGAUUUAAAACAAAGCCUCUUGGAUACCUACCAAUACGCCCAGCAUCAUGGCUGGUAUGAGGUUUGGAAGCAAAUAAUUGAUUUGUCUGAUCCACAUGGGGAACAAAAUGCCUACAAAGUACUAGGCUUGGGUUUUGACGCAAGUCAGCAAGAGAUAACGUCAACAUGGCGGAAAUUAUCUCGCGAGAAUCAUCCCGAUAAAGUGAAGGAUGAUAAACUGCGGCGCGCGGCCCAAGAGCGGUUCAUGGAAAUUCAAGAAGCUUACGAAAUACUCUCAAAUAGUAAACACAGAAGAAACAGACGGAACAAGAAAGACAAUUCUGAUUACCAUGAAGAUCGGAAUAAGUGACGACACUAAAUCUCAGUAAUUUAGUAUAGCUUCAACUAAUUUUCAUAUAAAAGUUUACUCGAAUAUAAUAUAGUCGGGAUUGUCUUGUCAGUCGAUUAAAUUGUUAAAAAUAACGACAAGCAUAAGGUCAUAAUGUUAACGUCUACGUUCUUUGGAUUCCAAGGACUCCAACACCUGAAUUCUGAAGUCACAUAGCAUAUUGAUACUUAAAUCAAACAUUUAUCUGAUAAAACAGCGUAUUGUCUUAAAUUUCUGAGAAGAAACAUAAAUACACCGGACAUAUAUGCGUUUCAUAUAACAGAAAACAGUGAUCAUUUUUCUUGACGAUUACUUACAAUUGUUCAGUUGACAAUGCGAUUGCUUUCUGAAAAUGAAAUGAAAAUGUCAAGUCAAAAUAAAAUAAAAUUUAAAUUGGUGUGGUCAUCCAAUGUACAAUUAGUGCAGUAUUAGACCGAAACAUCAGCUCCAUCAUCAUCAUUACUUCAAAAUCCCUUCUUCUUCAAAAUUCUAAUUGCACCAUUUGAUAUUGUUUCAUGAACGCAAUUCAAAGUUCGAACGCACUAUAUCACAAUAAUCGUCUUAUUCUAGUGAUUAAUAUUAUUAUUACAUCUUAAUUUUAUCAUUGUAUGCAUUUUGUUAGUUCUAUUUGUGUCAAACAUCAAAUUACAUCGUAAGUGUUUUUCGAUUUAACAUCAAACUUCAUUGAAAUGUAGAAAGCAGUCAAAGGUUGAGUUUCCUCAUUUUCUUUCUAUAUAACAACUCUACGUCGUCGUGUCGGCUUUAUAUUAUGUGUAGGGUUUACAUGAUAAUAUAUGAAAGUCGUUUUUUGAAUACACAUAACUUCUAUAUGUAUUUUAGUUGAUUAGCUAAUGUAACUAGAUCUGAAUUUAUCACCUGCGUAUCGAAUAAUUGACGUCGAAUAUUUUAAGUACCUAAAGUUAGUUUGAGACUGGGUUAGUAAUUAUACAUUAAUAUGUACGAUGGACCUAUAGUAAUGAUCGAUAAGCUCUAGUAGUCGAGUAUAUCAAAGUAAUAUAUAUGUCUUUUAGUGUUUAUUUUUGUGAAUUUACAUUAAUUUUCUUUAAAAAGAGGAAGUUGGAGGCCCACCUACUUAUAGUGCCACCGCCGCUCAAAUACACUGACAUAGUCAGAAGCCUGCAAAAAGUUACUUGUAACGUCAGUUGUAUAAAAUAGGAACAUUAUAUAUAGAGCUAGAAAGAAAUAGAAGCCAAGCUCUUCCUAAUCUGUCUUCUAUUAUAUCUUCCAUUUUUAUACUUUAUAUUUUUAAUAAUUAAUAAGUUAAUCGUUGUUAAUAAGUAAAACCACAUAAAUGUACUUAUCUAUUUUUUUGAUUAUUAGUAACAUUGUACUUAAUAUUUUUGUAUGAAAUAUUGUUUGUUAAACGUGAAACGUUUAACUAACAAAAUUAUAUUGCUCAAGUUUAUAGUAGGUUAACUUUACUAAUUAAACGAAGAUAUACGCCCAAAUAUGAAUGAUAAUAAACAUUCUAUAAAUCAAAUUGAUCGAAUUUAAAAAACAUUCCUAAAUUAAUAUACAUUACAACCUAAUAAAAAAAAACUAAUAUGUCAGUAACACGCCCAUUAAAAUCAGUUCUAAGUUGAAUAUCAAGUCGAAGAAAAUCUCAUUAAAAAUCAACUACUUUUAGGUUGUGCUAAAUAUGAUUACCGAUAAGUUUAUAUAAUACGUACGUCUGAAUUAUGUUUUUAUUGUUUAGACUAUUUUAUUUCCAUGCAUUUAAAAACCAAAAAUAUUUAAUAACGAAAUACCUUAUUGUUAAAAUAAUUUAUGACAUUCAUUAUAGAUUACUUUUAAGGGAUGAGGUCUCUUUAUAUUUUUAAAGAGUUAUUUAUAUGUGAACUCACGUUGGUUGUAAGAACGUACUUAAUCUUAAAUAUUUAUAAUAAUAUUUUACUUUGUACCUUUAAUGAUCGUUUAAAGUAUCUCCUAUCCGUCCAUAUUGUAUAUCUAUGUUUUAUACUAUUUUUAUUAUAACAAAUAUUAUAUUUUUCUGCUUAUUUAAU